UUUAUUUUUGUCUCCAGAUGGCGCGCGGCGGAUGGCAAAUUUAAUUUCAUCUGGUUUUUAUAAAUACAAUAUUAAAAGUCAAUAUUGAAGAAGAUAUCAAAUGUUGAACCACAAUACAUCAGUUUGUAGUUAUAAAUAUAUUAAAGAGUGACAAUGGGACGCCUCAAGAGCGAAUAUGGGAGACGGUAUCUGAAGCCCUCUUGGCAAACAUACGUUGCGCAGUACCAAGAAAAAGUUGAGUACUGCACGCAGAGGCGACAACUGGAGCACAGACAUCAACCGUUUGACUGGCAAGAAACUGACAGCGACACAUCUGAUGAUGAAGAAACAUUACCUGCUAAACAAGAUUUGACUGCUAAGCAUGGCAUCUGUAAUAAACAAAAAUCUCAUCACUCUUCAGUACCAAAUAAUAACAAAAAGGCACAUGUUGAAGCAGAAAAGCAAAUGGAACCAAAUGCAAUAGUAUCAGGAGUUAGGAAACCAUCAAAGAACAAAAAGUCAAGAAAGUUAAAGAAAAAGCUUUGUGAACAAGCAAAAGAACCAUUGCACAAUGAAACUGCAAAGCUACCUUUACUUAGUAAACCUGAGGAGCCACCUUCGCACCGUAAGACUGAAAAGCUACCUCAGCUCAGAAAAGCUGAAAAGCCACCAUUUAUUGUGUAUGGAUUAGCUGAUGAAAAGAGGGAAGUCGGAAGGAAGCAGACACAUAAUGUGAAAGCAUCAAUGAGUAAUCGUUCUUCAGUAUAUCCUGGCGCUUUGAGUGCUCAUAUGAGACAGCAGGUAAUUGAAGAGGAAGAAGCUAGAAGACGACAAAAAGCAAGAAAACCCAAAGUUCCUAAACUCAGACAUUACUUCAGUAUGGUUCCCCCAAAGGAUAACUGGCAGACAGAGUAUCAAAGCAAUUUUUCUCACUGAAUAUUCUACAAUAUUGACUUAGCUCUGCAUAAAUAUGCUGCAAUAAUUCAAUUUCUUUCACUAAAACCAACAGUACAGCAAGUGGUGGUGGCAGGCAGACUUGCUGCCCCAUCAGACAGGUAAAGCCUCCUGUCUUACACAAGUUAUCUGAACAAAAAAUGAGAGAAAAUAUUUUCUUUUAAAAAAAAUUGGGCCACAUUACCUUCACAGUACUGCUUAAAAUAGUUUUUUCUAGGCAACAAGAGGGGGUUUAUCCCCAGUCAGGCUGCACUCUGCCCACCUGUGGUCUGCUGUAUAUGGGGUCUUGCGAAAUAUUCUCAGUGUUGCAACUGCAGAAUGCGUAAUUUCGUGAGACGAGACUGUUUUUAUACCU